AUGAUCGCUGAUCUUGCGGCUUUCCUCUUGAAAUCAUCGUCUGAGCCGAUGGCCUCCCAAUCCCUGCCGCCAGAGAUUUGGCUGGAUAUCUUCGAGAAGCUCCCAAGAACAUGUUUACCCGGCAUCGUCAGCACUGGUCGGACAUUCGCUGUCCUUGCUCGACCUCUUCUCUUCGCCCAUUUCUACUUCGGCCCUUAUGGCUUGCAAUCACCAAAUCCUCACGAAUCGCGGCGCCAAGCCGUCUAUCUCACACUAGGGCCGGACUUGCAACAAUUCGAUAUUGACAGAAUCGAGUUCUGGACUUCUGAAAAUAUCGCGCCACUUGUGCGUGAAUGUUCCAUCGUGCCCUGGGAUCCGGAGGAAACGGAUACGACAUUUAUCGUCGCGGAGGAUGUUGCUUUACGUCUCCUCAACGUAUUUUUCGACCGCAUCCACCACUUCACACGACUACACACUUUCUCCGCGUACGACGUCACGCUGACUGGAGGCAUGCUGUCGAAGAUCUUCCAUUGUCUUCCGAGCCUGACCAGCUUGCUGCUCAACUUGGGUGUCUCUCCGGUCUCGGAGUCCUUUACCCCUCGGUCCCUUCCACCCUCUCUCAACAAAUUCAUCCUCGAGAUGGAGGACAAUGAACUCUACAGUGCGGAUAGCCUCCAGGCAUAUGUGCCGUUCUUCGUUCCGUCAUCGCUGCGAGAGUUGUGUCUCUCAGGCCCAUUGAACCUGUGGAGCACAAAUCCAGACGCCAUACCAACAUUCUCCAACGUCCGGCGGCUGGCUAUUUCCAUAUACCGCGAGGGCACCAACCCGAAAUUGGCUGUCGUGCUGCCGAAAUUUCCAAACGUGAAGUCUUUGUCGCUGUACGGCUUGGAUGACACAGACGAGGUUUUUGACGCAUACUGGCUGGACGACGUGGCCACAGGUUGCAAGGCCCUCUUGCCCGUACUGCAGAUGGUUACCACGUACUUCCACAUUCAUUCCCCCGUGGUCCUAGCUAUAUUCAUGCCCGGCUCGACAUGUCUGACAUGCUUCAAAUACCACGGCAGACUGGAGCCGGACGCCCUGCUUCCUUUCUUCAGCACAUUCCGUCUACCCUCCCUUGUCUCCCUGUCAGUCCAGCUUGUUGGCGUUGUCUCGCUUCACAGUCUCAAACCAAUCUGGUAUUGCUUUCCGGCCCUCAAGCACCUUGAUCUUGGGUUCUCCUGCUAUCUCUCGACAACACAACAAGCGUAUGGCACAUCUGUGGCGACCGAGUUUCUGACCACCCUCUACACCUCCUCAACUCCGUGGCUUCCACCAAUGCUGAAAACGCUGGUUCUCUCUUGGUCGUUUGCCUCUCAGAAUUCCGCACUAUACAUGGGGUUUUAUCACGCACCCAUCGACCUGGCCUCGCUCAGCACCUUGCUCGUAGCACGUUACCCAGCACUGAGGACAAUCGGGAUCGACGGGGGCUCAUUCCUUCUGAAAUCGCGCAGGCGGGACCUGGACGGCUACCUGCUUGUGGAGAAGAGGAAUGAGGACCGCAAUGAUCAGACACAAUCGUAUUACACUCUUCGACAAGAGGUUAGUGAGCUCUGGUGGGAGGAUGUACAUCAUGACUCGCUAUUAUAA